UUGAAUCUAUGCUGCUCUGUCUUAGUCACCGCAUCAGAGCUGAUGGGACCAUUAUUAUUACGAGAUAGUUUUGUUUUCCCAGGCGUUCGUUCUGCGGGACAUUGCAUGGCUGCUGGGAAAGAUGACCAACUGAUUUUCAAAAUAUCAAGGAAAUCUCUGAAAUACUAUGAUCUGAAGAGUAUUUUCGACACAACAUUAGAGAUUUGUAAUUUCGAUCCUGUAUACCAUGACGCACAGAUACUCGCAUUAUCAUUCCUGCAAGAUGGAAACCUAUUAAUAGUUCUACAAAGAGAGAGUACUGAUGAGUUAGUGUUCUGUGUAGGAGUGAUUGAUCUCGAGAAAGAGAUAGUAGAUGUUAGCGGCCCAGUUCACAGAACGAAUAUUCUUAAUAGAGGGCGAAGGAAAGUGGCUUUACUUCAAGAUGAAGAAGGGGUCGUAUUGAUAAGUUAUCCAAUAUGUUGGAAAAAUGAACGGAAUGUAGUUGAACUCUACCAUGUCAGUGAGUUUCUACGCUCAUCAAAAGGAGAGAAAUAUAAAAUUGAACUACAAACCAAAGAUAAACUUACAGAUGUGGUAUUUGAAAAUCCCUUCAUAUCUCGGAACCACCUAUAUUUGUUCUUCGCAACUGAUUCGUCUAAGUUCGCACUCAUACCUUUAACAGGAAACAAAUUUGGAAAAUGCGAAAUCAGAGCUACUUCGGGCGUUGCUCCCCGUCCAGAUUACUUGUCAAAACAGUUAAUUGUAUUCGAUGACUUUGUCCUCAUUUAUGCUCACAUAAGCCGACAAGGACUUAAUCCGAACUUAUAUGUACUCAACUUGACGAAUCUGAAAUGGUAUCCUUUGAACCUAGAGCUCUCUCAUCACUUUCCUGCUGGCAAAGUGCGUUUUGAGAAGGCGGAUGAAGAUAUUGUCUAUCUACAUGGCGACUGUAAUAUUCACAGCUGCGCAGAGAAAUGCCAUUUAUACCAGAUUAAAGUGGAUUCGAUUUCAGCAUUAAUAAUGAGUCGAACGCAGAACAAAUUACCAGAAACUAUGCCUCUAACCGAUUUACCACUGGCUGUUCGUAGGCCAUCACAGCUUUAUAUUGAGUCGUACAGUUGUCCACCAUUGCCUGAUGCUGUUAAUAUGUCAGUAGCUUCUAAAGUAGCUGAUUCACCUAUUCAUCGGUAUAAGAAACGAGUCGAAAACAAAAACAACCGAUACAGUAAUGGUAAAGAUAUGAAAAUGGAAGAUGACAAGUUCAAUGAGCAACCUCUAAAGAAAAGUUCGUCCUGCUCGUCUCUUCAUUGGGGAUCAGAUAUGGCUGAGCAGAAUGGAUCAUCUGUUCACGCUCAAAUGAAACAAGCUCUGGAAAUGGGAUAUCCUGCCCAAGUAGUGAGUGCAGCUUUUACCAACGAGGAUUAUAAUGACGUAAAGCCUUUUGAAAACAUGAACAGAAUGUUGGAUGUGCUUCAACGCGUUUCUGGUCGAGGUUCUAGUGAAUCGACAAGGUUCAAACCCUUGUCAAUCUACGAUGAUAAAUCGAUGAAUGGUAAUCAUUAUAAAACUCUCAGUGGUCAACCCCGAUCAGCAUCUGUUAGUCGUUCGAGCUCCUUCGCUGGAAGUCAUCAACCAAGAUAUGAGUCGGAUCUUACGCGGAUCAUCAACGCUUUGGAUAGAGAAAAGGAGAGGGACAAGAACGAAUUCGAGCAACACUUCGCCAUUCUGAAGCAAAAGAUUAUCGAUUUGGAGAAAACUUUAGAAAGUACUCGUGAAGAGAAGAAUCGUCUGUUCAAAAGUGAUCAGGAGAAGGCAAAAACGAUCCUCGACAAUUGUGACAAACUCACGUCAUUGGUCUCUGAGUCAGCCGUCCAGUUGGAACAAAUUGACAAACUAACAAUAGCCAAACUGAAGUUAGAAAGAGAUCUUGAAAGUCAAAAAGAACUGGCUGAGCACCGCAAAGAGCAGUUCCAGACUCUUCGGCGAGACAAGGAGAAAGAUGAAGAAGAACUCAAAAGGGAUUUAGAAGAGCUGCGUAAAGACUUGGAAUUGAAAAAAAGUUUGUUGGACGAGCAAACGUCAAUUACCAGACGGUUGGAAGAUCAACGCAACAACUUGCAAGCAGGUGUUUUACUGGAGAAAAUAGCUGAAACUUCAUCGAUAAUUCUUCAAAAGAAGGAAGAACAUGCUACAUUUCAACGUCAACUACUAGAAAACUCCAUUAAACAUGAGAAAGAGGAACAGCUUGAAUUGGGAAAGAUACAGGAUCUGUAUAAGCAAGUGGCUUCACAACUUCUUUCUAUGGAGCAAGAGCAUGAGAAAAAGCUAGUGGAAAAACAGAAGAUGAUUGAAAACUUGGAGCAGAAGACCUUCAGCAUGAAUCGUAAGAUAACCGAACUACUUGAGAAGACACUCACAGAAUGUUGCAUCUGCUUAUCAACAAAGCCGAACGUCGUUUUUCAACCGUGCAGGCAUUUAGUCGUAUGCUCAGGCUGCUCACAAGAAUCAUCACUAAAAGAAUGUCCAACAUGUCGAACUCACAUAGAAGAUGUUCUUAAUGUAUACAGUUAA